GAGAUUCUGAAAGAAGGUAAGUAAACGAGCACCACCCAUUUUCUUUUGUAUUGUCUUCUUAGUUUUGUCCCGUCUUUCACACCCUUCGUUUUUUUAGGUUUUCAUUUUUGUCUAGCCUCCUCUCUCUCUCUCUCUCUACACAUUUGCAGAUAAAUCCCAUUGCACCAUCCUUUCUCUUUUUUCCCUUUUUUUUUUCCUGUAUUCUUCCAUUUUCAUUUGUUUAAUCGGCUUCAAUCAGUAGUUUGUUUCCGGGUUUUUGUUAUUGCACCAAGAGAUCUUCACUCCAAAGGGUUUUCUUACGCAUGUUUUGCUAUCCAUAAGAAGUUGGUGUAAAAAGAUGGAGCUUGGAAAUUGGCUACUUUGGUUGGAUAUGGUGGAGAAGUUGGUUUUCUUCUAAACAAUCAACCUCUCAAAGUAUGUUUUUUUUUCCUUCCACAAAUGCAUCAUAUAUCUCAUAAAAUCAUGGUCAGAUACUAGUCUUCAUUGACAGGGAAAAAAAUGUUCCCAAAUCACAUGCAGCAAAAGGAUCCAUCUGUUCCAAUCUUUAGCUUUGGCGUUUAAUUUGCUUUCCUGUUGUCUGCAUCCUUUAAAGUGGCUGCUGUUUCAAUUGGGGCGUGUAGUUUCCACCAUGGCAAAGAUCUUGAAAUACUUCUCUCAAAUGUUUGUUGUGAAGGAGCGUGAAAUGGAAAUUGGGUUCCCAACAGAUGUGAAACAUGUAGCACACAUUGGUUGGGACAGCCCGUCUGAAAGCGCGCCCAGUUGGAUGAACGAAUUUAAAAACGGACCCGAUUUCUCAACGAGCUCCCAUGGUCGGAAUGCCAGUGAUCGAAUGGGGUCCUCUAAUCCCAUGGCUUAUUCCCCUUGGUCCUCUCAAGAUUUUGAACAACCCAUAACGCGGCAACCAUCAUCCGACGUGUUCAGAUAUCUUUCUCCAACUGAACUUCCUAAUGUUUCCAAGAAACCAAAGCGAAAAAAGGUCAAAUCGUCAUCUCCCUCGGCUGGAAGAUCGUCACAAGGAUCAAAGUCAAAGGCAACUGCAUACACCCAAAUGGAGGCAACACAAAAUCGGAUAAUAUAGAAUAAAGUGCAAGAUUAUGAAAGUUUGAUCAAUCAAAGUUAAGAGAAACUGUCAAGGUGCACAUCAACAAUUCUGGAUGCCCCUAUGUUUUGCUUGCUCUGCAAGGUUCACAAGAUCGAGAAGGGAUUAAGAUCCGAAAAAUUGGACAUAGCUUAUGUAAAUUUUAGAAAUGCAUGCAUAAUGCAAAACUAAGUGGUAGGGGAAAUUUCUUGGAACAAAUGUGAGAGUGGGUGACAACCAGUUUAGGAAGACAACAUUUUUUUUUACUUCACUUUAAGUUUAAUAUGUAAUAAGCAUGCAAGUGAGGUUUUAGUUGUGCUGGUGCACGACAGGGGGAUUUUUCUUUGGGAUUAAGUUUUGAUUUACAUAUUUUAAUCCCAUCGUGUUGCAUAUUUUAAUCCUUCA